CUGGCAUGUGACAGUAUCGGAUGGGAUGAGCGCGCUUUUUACUCGUGGGCAAUGUCGAAAGUCUUAUUUUCGGGGUCUAUUAUUAAAAUGUUGUGGUGGUGUGUUGGUGACGGGAGUGAGGAGGGCUAGAAUUAGUUCAUUGCCAGCUGAAGAGUACAAAAAUUGCUGAAUUGCAAAAUUUUCAGUGCAAAAUACACGACAAAUCAUUUUUUGCUAUCAUUUCUCUCAAUCAAAAAUCUCUCUAUACGUGUUGUGCCAAUAUUUUCCACGACGAAAGUAGAAGGAGGAGGAGGAGGAGGAGGAGGAGGAGGGAAGAGUGUGUGAGAUUUGAAGACGAAAGAGUCUCUCCGGUUAAGAAGCUGGUGUGUGUGACUUAAUAGAAAAAUUGGGGUGAAAAAUUGGGAAACUCAGGAGAUUCUUGUGUUGCAUGGAUGAAGAAAUUAGUAGUUCACGACGAAACAGUAAGGCUGAUGAUGGCUUCAGCUCAAAGAGAUGUAUCCUGUGGUUCAAGAGGUAUACCACAAUGGAUGAUCCAGAUACCCUGGGACCCGAUGGCAUGGAGAGAUUCUGUCAGGAAAUUGGUGUAGAACCUGAAAAUGUGGUGAUGCUGGUGCUGGCGUACAAAAUGGGAGCCAGGCAGAUGGGCUUUUUCACACAGAGCGAAUGGCUCAAGGGAUUGACGGAUCUUCAGUGUGACACAAUUGCCAAAGUGCAGUCCAAGUUAGACUAUCUCAGGAGUUUGCUCAAUGACUCCAACACCUUCAAGAGCAUCUACAGAUAUGCCUAUGAUUUUGCCAGGGAUAAAGAUCAACGUAGUAUGGAUAUUGAUACGGCGAAGGCGAUGCUUCAGUUGUUGUUGGGCAAACAUUGGAUACUCUAUUCGCAUUUUGCACAAUUUGUGGAGCAAUCAAAGUACAAAGUAAUCAACAAAGACCAAUGGUCUAAUAUACUAGAAUUCUCCCGCACUAUCAACACCGACUUGUCCAACUACGAUGUGGAUGGGGCAUGGCCAGUAAUGCUAGAUGAAUUCGUGGAAUGGUUAAGACAUCAACGAAAUGGUGGAGCAACUAGCUGAAAUCUAUCGUCCUCACAAUGCCUAUAAAAUUAAACAAAAAAAAAAGAACUAUUACACCUAAAAAAAAAAUCAACCUUAAUAGACUCGAACAAGUUACUCAGAAGAAAAGGGGAAUGAAAGAGAUUUUUAAGGAAACAAAUUAUUCAGUGAGAUACCAGAUAAAGAAAAUACAAUUAGAAAUCAACUUUCUCUCUUGUUAGAACAGUGUAGAGGACUUUCAUUGACCUGAGUUAUAGGCUGGAAGGAGAAAAUUAAAGAGUAAAUUCAGGAGUAAAUUUAUACAAUAUUGUAAAGAAGAGCCUUUUUGUGGAGGAAAACUUGUUCAGUGAAUAAAUGAAAUUUAAAAAGAAAAUAACAAGGAUUACAAUUAAUUACUUAAAAAUGAUUUUGAAUAGAAUUACAAACAUCAUAAGUCUGUAAAACAAAUAAAUAAUAUUUAAAGAAUAAAAGAAAAAAGAAUGUACCCAAAAUCCAAUUUUAUCUUGGAUUGAGACUUUAUUUAAGAGUGUGUGAAAAUUAAAGGAGAAAACACGUAAAAAAAAGAUAAAACAGACAACCAAUUGCUUUACACAAUAAUUUUGUCAGUCUAAAUGUAAUAUUUUUAAUUAUUUAAGUCAUUUUAAUUUUUUUUUCUAAUGAAAAUCUUUGUUGUCACAAUGCCGUGGAAUUUUCUUUCAGUUGAAAUGAAAGAGGAUUUCUAAAAGAGCUGCUUAAAGAAAAACUACAACCCAGCAAAGAAAAAAAACCUCACUAUUGAUUGUUUUUUUUUUAAUGUGUAAAUAACAGCAAAUUUUUCCGGACAUCUCGUCAAAAUAGUUUAAAAGAACAAAAAAAGAUGGAUAUUUUUUUAAGUGUACAUUUUUGUAACAAGUUGACUGCCUACACUUUGUUGGGAAAGAUUAUAAAUAAAGAAAAAGGAAAAAAUUGACGAAGAGGAGUGUAAUAACGAGAAGGGUAGGUUUAGAGAUGAGAUAUUUAGCUGAAGAAAAAAAAAUACACAUUCGAACUUUCAUUAAACUCAAUGCUAUGCCUGUUUCGCAAUAAAAAAAAUUACAGAUUCACGA